ACCGCCAGCGACUUGAUUUCGGUCUUCCACUUGCGCUUUGCAACUCUAGUGUCUAACGUAUAUAUCCUUUCCCUGCUGUACAACACCAACACUCGCUUUUCUUCCUUGUCAUAAAGCCCGGCCCUCCCCUCUGUUACAUAUACUUGCCCAUUUAACUUCACCCCUGACAACCCUCAUACGCUUGCCCCAGGAGGCUCGUGCAUUCCACCCGAAUCCCGCACUUCAAAGCUUUCUUUCAACCUUUACGAUACCAUGGCUGCAGCCCUUUCCCAACUCUCUGCAUGCGUCACUCGCAUUCUUUCCCUGACCGGCUUCCCGAAGGAGCUCAAAACCAGAGACAUCCAAACUGCUUUCUCGGAGUGGGAGAACGUGAAUGGAGGUUUCAAGAUCAAGUGGAUAGAUGAUACUAGCUUGUUGAUUGUCUUCAACGAUGCUACCGUUGCAAAACGGGCUUACCUCCAAACGCUGGCCUUCCCGCCCACCGUCUUCUCAUCUCCCAACUCGACGCAAACUGCGAUUAUCAAACCUUAUGAUGGACCUGAUGCCCAGUCCGUCAUUCAGACGGUGAAUGCACGACAACAUAGCAGUAAUGGUCGUGGACACAAUGUUCGCAAUUCCGUAUCUCAUGGUCGAGGCAUCUCUGUCAGCACGUCGUUCCGGAACAACCGCGACAGCAGCGCUGCUGCUAGUCCCGUCGUAAACGGAAACGCCAGUAUCACUGAACCUAAUCAGCGUAUAUCCCCUCGCGACCGCGAUCAGCCUUCACCUACACUCCCUGACAUUCCUUCUCAUCCCACACUCAACUCCCUUAUUUCGUCCUCUCUUGGUGUUGACCCAACUGCUUCUGAUCCCGCGGUCCUCGCUGCGCAGCCAGAGCACGGUGCGCCUCGUAUUGGUGACCCAGGCAAGAGAAUGGUGGGCGCUGCGCUAGGCAUCCGACACCCCGGACUUCCACCUCGUGUAAUCAAUGGUCCCUCCACCCAUGGAAUUGGAGAUGUAACGAGGGCUAUGAGCGGGUUGGUCGUUGCAGAGUAAACACCCUCGCGAGGUGUACCACUUCGGACGUAUGCAGGGCUAUGUUCGAGGUGUUCGUUUAACAGUUGAUUAGGAUACAUCUGGAUGAGGUGGUGGAUAGUCAUUGUAAGUUCGGUUCGUUCGCGGUGUACAGGCGUACUAUUUUGGAGGAUAGUCUAGGAUUAUCCUCUUCUUUGUGCAAGAGCAGCAAUAUUGAUGGAAUGGUUUAACACCUCUCUCUCCCUUUCGUUCUCACUCAUUGGUUGUAUCCACGGGCCGCUGGCUUCAAACGCAAGGGGCAAGUGUUGUUUGUUUAGGAGCAUAUUGUCUAGUAGUUCUAUUUCCAGGAUCAUAAUCAAUCCUUCGUCUUCUGUGGGCGUCCGGGU